AUGGCUUCGAAUCCAGAAGCUUCCAGGAAGUGCAAAAUUCCUUCAAAACCCGCUAUACCUGAUAGGGGUUACCCGGCCCUGAUCCCCCAUUCUUACCGGCACGACUAUCCAGCAGUGAUUGCACCACCUUUUUAUGCCCUAUGUAUUGCAACACGAAGUCUCGGGUCAAGCAGCGAUGUCGCGAGAUCUUCCCUCAAUUUCGAGGCCAUUACUUUGGGGAUUACCGCCGGUCCACAGAAGCCCCUUUUCCCAGCCCCACCUCUGCAGAGGCCAAGCGAUGUCCAGGCUAAAGGGUUCUAUACGGCCUUCAACAAAACGAUUGAAUUGAAUACCAUCACGAGACAGCAUAAGGUGGACAACAUCAAUGUCCGUUUCUGUAAGGUUAGAUGGGUAAAUGAAAUCGUCCAUCCCGUCCAUCUCGUAGCUAAGCAGAAGUUUCGAAAGUUAAUUCAAAGAAUUCCAGAGGUGAUUGAAGAGGGGUGA